GAAUGCCCUCUGUUCAGGAGUAAAGCCUUCUCCCGUUAUGACGACCUCUACACCAUCAGCACAUUCGUCACCGACUACCAAAAAACCAUCGGACAACGCGACCAAUUGUCAUUCAACGAUAUCCGGCUGAUGAAUAAGAUUUACUGUAGCAAUGUGUGCUCCCGGAAGCUACCCUGCCAGCGAGGCGGAUAUACGGACCCAAGAAGGUGUGAUCGAUGUCGCUGCCCAGACGGGUUUACCGGUCAAUUUUGUGAGCAAGUGAUGCCAGGCUACGGUGCUGUUUGUGGAGGAAGAAUUCAGGCUGAGAAUCCUGGGGUGAACGGCGGAUGGACGAAAUUCAGCAGUCCAGGCUACCCACGUGAAUUCAAAGAAGGUCAAGAGUGCUCAUGGCUCCUCGUGGCCCCACCGGGCCAGGUGGUCGAAAUGCAAUUCAUUGGAGAGUUCGAGAUGUACUGUAAGGUAUGUUAUUUGGGGGCCGGGGUUAUUUUUUUUUUCUGUACACGCCUUUUUUCUGACCACUGA